UCUGAAAUCACAAGUCUUUCUCUCUCUCUCUCUCUCUGGUUUUCUGCUGUAUUCGGACUCUAUAUUUCAUAAAUAACCUCCAAAACCCUAUUUUCUUCUGUUCUUCGAUUUGAUUAGGAAAGGGUAGGGAUCGAACAGCAUUGAAUCGACCCAGUUUUCACGAUUCGAAGCAUGAGAAAAGGUAAAAGGAAGUUGGAGAAAAGGUUGUCUGAUGAGGAAGAUGUACCAGACGAUCUCCGCUGUAACAGAUCCGACGGUAAGAGAUGGAGGUGUAGCCGGAGAGCAAUGGAGGACAAGAAGUUCUGCGAGCUUCAUCAUCUCCAACUCCGGCAUAGGCAGCAUAAGGAGAAAGUUCCGGAGGCUUUGAAACUACAGAGAAGAGAAAGAAGUAGAUCAAGAAAUAAACAAGUGCAGAAUUCGGAAAUUCGGGAUGUGGGUAAUAAGGAGGAGAAGAAGCCUGUUUCUAGACCUGUUACGAGAAGCAAGAAUGUAGAAGCACCUGAGGCUUUAGAUGGAGUUCGGAGUAAGAUGAAGUUGAAAAAAGGUGAAAACAAAAUGGAGCUGAUCAAAGAGUUUAUGAAGAAAAAAGGUGAUAGGAAGAAGGAUGGAAAACAUGACUUGGAACAUGAGGAGAAGGCAGAGUUGGUGAGAGAGUUGCCUAAUGGAGUCAUGGAGAUUUCACCACCUCUUUCACCUGAUGAUUCGAAUGAUGAAAUUGAACCCUGUAAUAUUAAAGUAGGGACUGAUUCAGGUGUUUCUCUUCGGAGGUGCUUUCGAUCCAAGAACAUUGAGCCCGUCCCAAUUGCUACAACCCAGAUUAUGCCCCGUCCUCGGAAUGGAGAAAAAUUGAAGAUAGUGAAGAGGAAUAAAUGCCAUUGGUGUACAAAGAGUAGUUACCGAACACUUAUCAAAUGUUGUACCUGUAAAAAAGAACACUUCUGCAGAGAUUGCAUACUUCAAAGGCCUUCUUUAUUGGAGGAACAAGUUAAAAAGGAGUGUCCAGUUUGUCGAAAAACAUGCCGAUGUAGAGUCUGCAUGAGAAACCAGUCCAAGGAUGACACAGUAAAGGGUAAUUCAAGGACUGGAAGGAAGGUCAAGAAAAUUAAACUUCUGUACCUCCUACGCAUGCUUCUUCCUGUGCUGAAAAAAAUAAACCGGGAACAAGCUCUUGAGCUGGAUGUAGAAGCUAAGAUAAAAGGUAAAGUUCGUUCCCAACUUAGUAUUGAACAGGCUGAUGCUGGUUGCAGUAAGCUGUAUAACUGCAACUAUUGUAAAGCUUCUAUUCUGGAUUUGCAUAGAAGCUGCAGGGAAUGUUCUUAUAACCUAUGCUUGUCUUGUUGUUCAAAGUUCUACCAAGAUGUCCCAUCUGAUACUUCCAAACAGCCUACCAGAAACAAGGUAGCCAACUGUACACACAAAUUCCGCUCUAAACGCCCUAAUUUUCCUGCAGUAUCUCCAAAAUGGAAACAUCUUAAAGAUGAUGAUGGUAGUUUAAUAUGCCCACCUGUUUCUUUCGAUGGUUGUGGCAAUGGCCUUCUUGAUUUGCAAAGCAUAUUCCCACCUAGUUGGGCCGUUGAACUGCAAGUAAGUGGAGAAAAUAUAAUGAACAGUUAUGAUUCCCCACAAAGAGUAGAUGAUUCUUCACGCUGCUCAAUAUGUGAAAGCACAAAAAAUAAAGGAAACAAAGUUUUACAAAGAGCGGCUAGAAGAGAAGAUUCCAGCGAUAAUCUCUUGUACAAUCCAAUUAUGAAAGAUCUUAGUGUCAACAAUUCUAGCCACUUCCAGAAGCACUGGGAUAAGGGUCAUCCUGUGAUAGUUCAAAAGGUGCUCAACAGUGCAGGAGAAAGGAACUGGGAUCCUCUUGUUAUGUUCUCCACUUACCUGAAGGAAAGAAGUACAAAUUGCCGUGAUAAAGCAUCGUUUAUAGAUUCUUUGGAUUGGUGCGAGGUAGAAAUUUGUAGUAAGAACAUGUUCACGGGAUCUCUAGAGGCUCAGUCAUGCGCAAAUCUAAAGCGCGAGAUUCUGAAACUGAGACUUUGUAUCUCUUCGGAACUGUUUCAAGAGCAUUUUCCAUAUCACUUUGAUGAUAUUAUCGAUGCUUUACCAUUCCAAGAAUAUACGAAUCCGGCAUCUGGCAUUCUCAAUGUAGCUGCAAAUUUGCCAGAGCACAUGGAAAAUCCAAAUUUGGGUCCUUAUUUGAACAUAUCAUUUGCUGGUCUGGAGGAUCUUAUGCAUCCUGAUUUCGUCACAAAGCUAUGCUAUCACUCUCAUGAUAUGGUCAAUAUUCUGGUGCAUACAACAGAUACUCCUGCUACCUCAGAACAGUUGACCGAAAUAAAAGAUUUAUUGAAUAAAUAUAAUUCCCAUAAACAAAAGCCUACUGAAGUAGUAGCUACAGGUGAAAAAGCAGCAAACGAAGUGGAAGAAAAAUCAUCAGUACUCAGUGAAGAUAAUGAAGAAUCAGGUUCUGAUGUGAUUAAAAAUGGAUUACCUGCUGAUGAGUUGCAUAAGCCUAGUAGAUGUAGCACAAAUGACAGCCCUGCUUCCGAAUCUGAAUCUGCAACUGAUUCUGAUGUUUCAUCACAUGGCGAUGAGAAAUCUUCCAAGAAUGGUACAUCUAAAGAGAAACUAAAGACUGAUUCUUGUGGAGCUGAAUGGGACAUCUUUCGCCGACAGGAUGUUCCAAAGCUUUUGGCAUACCUUAAGAAACACUCCAAGGAAAUUGGAUAUCCUUAUUGUGUUCCAGAGAAUGUUGUCCAUCCAAUUUUUGACGAGAGCUUUUAUCUGGACAUGUUUCAUAAAAUAAGGCUUAAGGAGGAGUUCAAUAUUGAACCAUGGACAUUUGAGCAGCAUGUUGGAGAGGCAGUUAUUAUUCCAGCAGGGUGUCCGUACCAGAUCAGAAAAUUGAAGACCUGUGUUAAUGCGGUAUUGAACUUUGUCUCACCUGAAAAUGCUGCCAAGUGUAUCAAUUUGAUUGACGAAAUUCGGCUACUACCUGUACAACAUAAAGCCAGGAAGAAAAUACUGGAGGUGAAGACAAUGGCUCUGCAUGGUGUUUCCUCAGCAAUCAAUGAGAUUAAUGAUGAUCUUCCUCUCAAGGAAGGCGGCGACAGCUGAGGAAUGAGAAACUGAAAGCAGAUGAUGGAUGAUUGGGGUCAAGUAAUAUCGGCCAUUUUACUGUUAGCAUUUUGUUGGAAUUAAUACCAUCUUCUUCUUGUUUUCUUCUUGAUUCAUCAAACUAUAAGAAGAGCAUCCUAGUCAGUCAAUACUUAUACCAGUUUUUUUUUUUGUUUCUAUGAAGCACCAGCUACUCAAUCGAAACAGCAAAUCAAAAUCAACUUUUUUUCUUGACU